AUGUCACAUCAUCUUACCCAAGAAUCAAUGAAGGAAAUCUGCAAGGAAUUACACAUUGCCUACAGUGAUGAUGAUGCUAAAGAUGAAAGGAAAAGGUUUGACAGUCUUUGUGAAUGGAAAAGCGAGACGACAGAAAAACCUUUAGAGGAGAAAUUCAUGCAACUCUCUUCGGUCUUACAAUCAAACAACCUCAGAGGUGUGCUGCCAACUAUGAGAGGACCAUACAUCUACAAAGCUGAACUCGUUGAUCUGGCUUUUCAUCUGCUCAUGCAUGAUCUUUUCCCUAUCGCUAAAAAGCUACAAAUCAAUGCCACAGAACUGAAAUCAUAUCGACCCACGUUUCGUCCUUCACAUCUUGAGAUUGGUACCAUUAAGUUACUCAUUACAGAUGUAUGCGCACCCUUGGAAGGUCAACUCCUACAGUUCGUUGGGGAGGACUAUAAACGAUCUCUCUUCUACAAUUCGAUAGCGGUACAUCACUAUCGAAAUGUCGCUAUUACAGGAUUGUUUGAGUACAACAUGAGCUAUGGUGAGCUUUGUUAUAUCUCCGUAGCAACAAACCAAAGCGCAGGAAGGCGUGCUGAUCAAGCUACCUCUUGCAUGCUUGCCGAAGAAUCUGGUAAUUUUGUAGAUGCGCUACAGCAGACUGACCAAGAAAUAGCUGACUAUAUUGAUGCCGCGCACUCAUUUACAUCAUUUGAGCUGGUUAAAAUAUGGAAAGAGAAGCCACGUUCAUCGGUUUUCAACUAUCGUGCAGCUUUAGCUCGUGAACUACGGAGAAACGGGAAGCCUGGUCUCGCAGAUGAAAUCAUUGCAGGCGAAUACAUCACCGAACACACAAGUCUCGCAUUCAUUGAACACAUAGUUUGGGGAUCGACUCAUGAUCAAAGAAGAAUCCUUGGGGAGCUACUUCAACUGAGUGGAGAUGAGGAACUCUGGCAUAUGACUACACCGUACAACGAGAUCUCCAGGCAGAUCUACGACUGGGUGGCUAACUGGACUAUAGGUAUGAGGGGUUCUUGGCAUAAUGUCUUGGCAAAGAUGAAUCCUAAGAUGAUAGCGAUGGCCGAGAAACACAGAGACUUAAAUGAUAAACUCGUAGAGCAUGGCUUCCUAGACCUAGCACGUGAGAUUAUGAUCAUAGAACAACAACUUGGUUGUAAAUAUUUCAUGAAGAAUGCCCAGGAAAUAUGA